AGGAAUCCAGGCGGUUGUGAGCGCUGUGUUUGUACGUACGCUGGCGGUUGGUAAUGUGAACACUGCUUGAUGCUCUUUGGAGAGGUUCCUCCUUCUCAGGCCAAAUGUCUCAAAGUGAGCUGAAAUCCUUGUCCCAAGAAGAACUGCGGAAAAGACUUUAUCAGACGUUUAAAAAGAAGGGCGUCUUAGAUUCACUGAAGACGCAACUUAGGAAUCAGCUCAUUCAAGAUCUGAAGCUCCGUGCAGGUAGUGGCGAGCCCCUUCAGGCUCCGCUUCUGUCUGGGGACUCACUAUUACACAGGGCCUGUAACAGCCUAGUGGCGGAUCACCUGAGAAGAUGUGGUUACGAGUUCUCCCUCUCCGUGUUUUAUCCAGAGUGUGGAAUGGAGAAAGAAAAGGAUUUCUCGAUCCACGACUUAAUGCAGCUAAUGAAAAUAAACCCCAAAUCCUCGUUCUGCAAAUCUCUGACAACGGCAUACCAGAAUAGCAGUACUAAAGGUUUUCUUCUACAAAUCCUGACCGAACUGAUUGACUACCAACUCCAGAGAGAUGGCAGAGAUGCUGAUACUCAGACAAUCACGACUUCUCCUUACAAAGAGUCAAUCGUGGAGAAACUGAAAUUUAUUGAUGAACAGUUUGAAGAAAUGUAUCCAAAACGUUCAAAAUUUGAGUCUCUGGAGGGCAAGUUGUCUGAGUAUCGCAGGGAAGUCGAGCAACAGCUCCGGCAGGAAAUGUCUCAGAAGUUCCAGCAUUUUAAAGAUGUCGAGCUUGCAAAAAUCAAACUAGAAGAACGGGAAAGGUCCCAGAAGGAGAUUUCUGAUUUGCGAAGAGAAUUGGAAAAGACCUACCAGUUGAAAUGUGAAGGCUUAGUGUCACGAGAGAAGAAUGCUGUAGAGAGACUUCAGAGGCAACAAGAGAUUGAAUCCAAGGAAGUGUAUGCUCAGAGACAGACCCUGCUCAAGGAGAUUGAGACUGUGCGAAACCGAGAAAUGGACCUUCGCCAACGCAUUGAAGCUUUUGAGCUAGCUCAGAGGUUACAAGAAGAGAAGAACAGAAGUGUGAAUGAGCUGCUCCGGAAGCGAGAGUUGGAUGUUAAGAAUAUUGACGAUACCUUCCAACAAAAGCUUAAAGCUGAACUUCUACGGUAUCAAAUUGAACUAAAAGAAGAAUACUUUAAGAAAACUCAAAAAGCCAAUGAAGAUGAGAGGAGAAAUAGAGAGGAAGCGGCACGGUUACGUGAAGAUACGAUUGUUAUCAACAUGAAGAAACAGGACCUGGAACAAGCUGUAUCUCGCACAUCGCAGCUUCAGGUAGAGGUGGACACCCUAAAAGCACAGUUGUCUCUUGUUACGCAGCAGAACCAAAACCUGAGUGAGAAGCUUAGGGAAUUUGCAGCCUAUCCCCUAAUACAGCAGGAAAAGCUUGAACUUCAGGCUCAAAUCCGGUUACUUAAACAGCAAAUAGAGGAGCUCCAGAGAGAAAACCAUAUCCUCAGGGAAAAAACAUCUACCGAGUUACUUACUCUUCAAGAACAAGUCAAUCACUUGGAGUCUGCCCGAAAGUUUGAGCAAAAUGAGUUCAAAAUACAAAGGGAAAUCCUUGAGAAACAGCUAGAAUUAGAGAUUGAACGUGGUAUGGAAAUGAAAAUGCAGCUGUUAAGUCGUGAAGAAUCUUCAAAAAGAUUAAGUGCCCAAGUUGAACAACUGGAGUUUCAGCUGAGACGAACCCAACAAGCCCUUGAAAAUGAAGUGUAUUGCCACCCCAAGGCACCUCUGCUUGAUCGUUUUACGCUAGGCUUCCCUGCCAGCAGGAUGGUCAAUCCUGAUCAUUAUGAUGAGAAACCUGUUGUGAAAAGCCAACGAUUACUGGACACUCUUGUUGAAACAGGUGGCACCUCAUUUCGAAGGCAUCCCUACAACGAUGGUACCCGAAGCAGCUCCCCUGAUUCAGAUCUGGAGUUUGUAGCUAGCACCAAAGCGCGCAUUAAAGAACUUGAAAAAGAAGCAGAGUAUUUAGAAGAGGCUUAUCGAAACUAUCAGCAUAGAGUCAUCCCACAGGCUGCCUCCUUGCCAAGCAGAGGUUACCUAAGUGCUAUGCCAGCUGUGCCACAUCACAAAGUCACUUUUUUAGAGGACAACCUCACUCCACAACAGCAUGUUCUCUUAAACAGACUGAAAACAGAGAAAUAUGAAGGCCUCCUGUCAACUGAAGUAGGUAUGACCCCACCACGGAGCAAGAAAUCCUCCUCUCGUAGAUUGUCUUCAACUCCUGUGUCAAAAACAGAAAAGAGUCAGGAAGAGAGAGCUUCUUUGGAAGAUGGCACCUAUAUUUCGUCAUCUAACCAUAGCCUUAAUCACAGAUUUUCCCCUAUUCCAAAAGCUGCACAACGUCCUACACAAAACCGUGAUGUUCUAGAUGCUGCAGUAGAAGACGAAAUUGAACAGUUGUCUAGUGCUCAGAAGCCAGCCAGAGAGAGUUUGGAUUUAUCCCGUCAUUCUAUGCCUGAAAUGUUGCAUCCAGAGGACCUCAAUCGUUCAGACUCAUCACUGCAAGACCAGGAGGACAUACCAGAGCAGCUUGAAAGUGACUUGUCUCGUCCAUCUGGAGGCUCUGUCCAUGACAUUGGUGUCACUGCAGAUGCACCAGUGCCUGACUCGUUCAGCAGCAGGGAGAAAAGUGAAAACUCAAACCAAGGUUUGGACAGGAGUAAGAAGACAGACCCCCAGGAGCAUAAGGAAGAAUCAGACCGAGACUGCUCAGAAAUACAAGAGAAGGCAGAUCAGCAACCAGAGGCCUUUGCAGCAGAGCCUAAAUUAUUACAUGAUGUUCAAGAGGAAAGUGUAAAAGACAGUACCCCAGAAGUAAAUCCCUUGGACAGGUACAUGCAGUUGCUCCUUCAGAACCGAAAAGAUGAACCAUCUGACAAGGUUACUAAAGAAAACUUUGAAGACAUGUCUGUAGAGGAGAAACUUUCUAAUGAAAGUAUCACAGCUCACUCCACCGGAGAAGCAGACGAUGACUUCUGGUAAACAGUCAUUUCCUCUCUCCAAGAUGAAUCCAAGUCCUUUGAAUUUUGACACUAAUCAUUUGUGUGACCAGCACAGCAUGUUUUUAUUUGAUGUGGAAAUUUCGUCAAAGGCCAAUUUCUAUAACGGAAUUUGUUGAAUAUCUGAGUCUUUAACUCUUCUCCCUACGAACGACUUAUUAGAAUAGGACUCCAGAGAAAUCAUUCCCUACCAUAGAAGGAUUUGUUCUAUAGACAAUUUUAGGAAUGUUGUGAAUUAUUUAUUAUCUACCAUGUAUUAGCAUUACAAAGACUGUCCUAUAUACUUUGAUCACAUUGUUUUGAAUGUGUGGACAGAAGCCAUCUCGGGGCAGUAUAUUUU